AUGUUGCGCGAUUCAAGGCGACGUGAGGAUGCAGCGUUAGAAAACAACCGAAGAAACCAGCGAGCGAUUCUUCAGCUGCUGGACGAGAUGGCGAAUCUUGCGGAUGGUGACCUGACCGUGCAUACGACAGUUACCGAAGAAAUCACAGGUGCGAUUGCAGACUCGGUGAACUUUGCGAUUGACGCACUUAGAACAUUGGUAACAACGAUCAACUCUACGGCAGAAGAAGUUUCGUAUUCGACUAAUGCUGCACAGGGUACUGCUGCAAGACUUGCAGAAUCAUCUAACCAUCAGGCACGUGAAAUUGCAUCAGCGAGUGCGGCUAUCACCGAUAUGGCUGACUCCAUGGAGAAAGUGACUGGUGAUGCGUCAAACUCAGCAGAGGUGGCGCAGAAAUCGAUGGAGAUCGCGCAGAAAGGUGCGGUCGUGGUACGUAACACGAUAUCUAGUAUGGAUGUUAUUCGUGAUUCAAUUCAGGAAACAUCAAAACGUAUCAAACGACUUGGUGAGUCCUCACAGGAGAUUGGAGACAUCGUGGGGCUGAUUACUGAGAUUGCGGAUCAGACCAACAUCCUUGCAUUGAACGCUGCGAUUCAGGCGUCGACCGCAGGUGAUGCAGGUCGUGGUUUCGCAGUGGUUGCCGACGAGGUACAGCGACUGGCGGAACGUGCCGGUAAUGCAACCAAGCAGAUUGAAGGUCUGGUAAAUGCGAUUCAGGCAGAUACUAACGAAGCGGUGAAAUCUAUGGAGACCAGUACUUCGGGUGUGGUCAACGGGGCUAAGAUGGCAGAGGAAUCUG